UCCAUCAGUCAGACAGCUGCCUCAAAGAAGCUUGAGUCCAGGUGGGGGUACUGCACCAAGCAGGACUACUCAGUUACACAGGUAACUACAUGUAAAAACUUCUCUGAACAUUUGUUAAUAAAUAAAAUACAAAGUUUUCAAUUCAGUCGCUUGCACUGGUGAAAACUAUGUUCUUGACAUGUGUCCGGUUGAAUGAGUGAAUGUCCAAAACAAUGAAGUCUUUUUGGGUGAUGUUCCCAUUUCUUUGCAGAAUGACAAUAAAAACAGAAGUAGAUGACCUUGAUGACUUGAUGCAAACAUGAAACAUGAAGUGAUCCAGAUUAAUUCUGCAUUUUAUACUUUACACAAGUUCCCACACAUAAGCUCAAAAUGACUUCAACUUCCGCUGUGACCGCAAAACACCUGAUUCAAAUCAUCUGUGACUUAUGUUACCUCCUAGACUAUACACACAUGCCAUCUAGUGGUCAAAAGUGUUAUAGUCUAUACAUGCAAUUCAUACACAACUAGAAAAGCAAUUAGAGAAUGCAGACCUCCGCCAAGUAAGUGAUAUUCCCUCCCCCUCUGCAUCAGAUUUUGCAGCCUGCAUCACAAUUAGGUUAUUUGCAUCACUAUCAUUAUUAGGUUAUAUAUGCCUUCACCAUGGAGACACUGUGGUGUAUUUUUUUUUCGUUUUUAUUUUGUACCAACAUAGAAUAUAAUGUGUUUUUUGUAUUUUUCACUUUCUUUUUUUCCAACACAGAACAUUAAUUUCAACUUUAGAAUUACAAUAUUUAGCAAGUAGAACAAGACGUGCUUUCCGGCCAUCAGAUGGCGCUAUUUUCACCGUCUUAAGGCUGUCAGACCAUAGACUUUAUUUAUUAUUUUAUCCACUUUGCUUCAACCGAUCACCUCCAAAAUUGUAUCAUCUGUUCCUUGUCCCAUUAUCAACCUUUCCUGGAAAUUUCAUCAAAAUCCGUUCAUAACUUUUUGAGUUAUUUUGCAGACAAACAAACAAACAAACAAACAGACAAAUAAACCACCAACGCCGGCGAAAACAUAACGGAGGUAACUAUGCAUUAGAAUAUAAAUACACAUGCUAAAUGGUUCCUUGAACCAACACUGACUAAAGAGGUCAAAGUUGGUACAACCCCUGAACACUGACGUAUAACUCCGUGCCAUACAGUACCCACUAACGCCUCCUCACAGCCCUGAUUAUGACUGAGUCCUAACUUCACUUCCCAUGGAGCCCUCUCAGUGCGCAUCCACGGCACUGGAGCGCUUAUCUUUCAAUAACACUGCGUUGAAAAAGCUGCCGGUGGAUGACUCGGAUGAGCCCGGGUCCCGAACGGUCCAAGCGGCAUGUUUCUCCAGAAUCCGGGCUCUGCAGCCCCUGGUGCGCCCGACCUUCGUGGCCCAGUCCCAGUCUGCCCUGGCUCUGCUCGGCCUGACUGUGCAGGAAGUGGUGGGUAAUCCUGUGGGGCCGGAGUAUCUGAGCGGCUCCAGGCUGCUGCCGGGCUCCCAGCCGGCUGCGCACUGUUACAGCGGACACCAGUUCGGACUGUUUGCGGGACAGCUGGGGGAUGGAGCGGUGAUGUACCUGGGGGAGGUGGAGUCCGGCACCCAUGGGCGAUGGGAGAUUCAGGUGAAAGGCGCAGGAGUGACACCUUACUCCAGAGAUGGCGAUGGCAGGAAAGUGCUUCGCUCCAGCAUCAGGGAGUUCCUAUGCAGCGAGGCCAUGGCUGCCCUGGGGAUACCCAGCACCCGUGCAGCCUCCCUUGUGACCUCUGACCUUUACGUCAGCAGAGAUCCACUCAACAGUGGCAGGCGCAUUUCUGAGCGCUGCUCAGUCGUCCUGCGUGUCGCCCCUUCCUUCAUCAGAUUUGGUUCUUUUGAGAUCUUUCUAGGCCGUGAUGAUUUCUCAGGUCUGCAGGGUCCCAGUGCAGGGCGGCAUGACAUUCGUGCUCAGCUGCUGGAUUACGUCAUUGAGACUUUUUAUCCUUGCAUCCAUCAGGCUCAUAGUGACCGGAAAGACAGGAAUAUGGCUUUCUUUAGAGAGGUGAUGAUGCGAACUGCUAAACUAGUGGCCCAGUGGCAGUGUGUUGGUUUUUGCCAUGGUGUCCUUAACACAGACAACAUGAGCAUCUUGGGUCUCACUCUGGAUUAUGGGCCCUUUGGUUUCAUGGACAGAUUUGAUCCAGAUUUCGUUUGCAACUCCUCUGACAAGAGAGGGCGCUACUCCUAUCAAGCCCAACCAUCUGUGUGUCGCUGGAACCUGGCUCGUCUGGCAGAGGCAUUGGGCUCUGAGCUGGAUGCAGCUGAGGCAGGGGCUGUCCUGGAUGAAUUCAUGCCAGCAUAUGAAGCCUUCUACUUGUGUAUCAUGAGAAAAAAACUGGGCCUUGUGAGAAAAGAAGAGGCAGAGGACAGCGAGCUCAUAUCAGACCUGCUGCGCCUCAUGCACAACACUGGUGCAGAUUUCACCAACACCUUCCGCCUGCUGAGCCAUGUCCCCUGGCCUGAGGAGGGCGAGAAUGAGAGGGCCACAGUGGGGCCAUUAGUGGACCUCAUCCUAGAGCAGUGUGCCUCUAUUGAGGAGCUUAAGGUGGCUAAUAAGCCAACUAUGGAGGACCGUGAGCUGGCGAUGAUUCUGUCCAUGGCACAAACCAACCCAGUGAUGUUUGGGAUGGUGGCAGACAGUCCAGCUGUGUCUCAGCAACUGGAACGGAUGGGACGGCUAAAGGAGCUGCUCGAGACAGAUCAGGAUGAGCUUAAGAAAAAGCAGCGCGAUGACUGGAUUUGCUGGGUUAGCCGAUACAGGAGGCGUUUAGCCAGGGAGUGUGAUGGCACACGUGACUUGUCUCUCAUCAAAAAGGAGAGGCUCAGUGUGAUGAACAACACCAACCCCCAAGUUGUCCUACGCAACUACAUCGCCCAGAAUGCAAUUCAGGUUGCAGAAAAGGGAGAUUUCUCGGAGGUCAACAGGGUCCUCAAAGCUCUGGAGACACCAUAUUCUGAUGCAGUUGGGCCGGAGCCUUUGGAUGGACUUAAUGCGUGUGGUGAAAAGGAGCAGAACAUGAGAGAGCCUGCCUACAACAGGAAACCUCCUGCCUGGGCACAAAGGAUUUGUAUCACCUGAUCAUCUUAGAGCCUCCCAGACAAGUUAAGGAGAGAGGUCUGUUUCCACUGGUGGACCAUUUCAGAGCAAACAAGAUGUGGCUGACUGCUACUACUGUUGCUGCUCUCCACUCCCACCUCAGACUUUCUUUCCUGCUCCCUGAAAGGAGGAUGUUAUAUAACCAAGUGUGUUCCAGGGUUUAUCAGCCUGUUCAUAGAUCUGUUUGUGUGAUCAUAAUGAUUUUAUUUCAGUGUUUAAAGCUGUUGAAGAGUAAUACAUAGACUGUGUUCCUUACGUUCAAUUUGACUAAAUUUGACAGAAUCCUUACAAGUAGUCAAUGAAUUUGCUGAUGAAGUAUGAUGGCUCAGAUGACCAGUCACACGAUGACCUGUCUGGGCCUGAAACACCAGGAACACACUGACAUCAAUUAAUUACAGAAAGUGGACUCAUAAAGUCAAUGUGUCAAGUCAUAGAUAUGCGAACACUGAUUACCAUUAUUUUUUUGAAGCUACUGUAACUAGGAAAUGUAAAAUGAUUGUUGGGAUUUUACGUCUAACAUUCUCAUGAAGUUUGAAAUAAAAGAUCACAUGC